GAAUAAAUACCUAAAUAUGCACAGUAAAUAUUUGAUAGAAUUAAUUAAUAGUAAAAACAAAGGCAUAAUUAAUUUGACAAGGAUGCUUAGUUUAUUCUAUAGAACACCAAUAAGAAAAUUUUAGAAAAAGAUAAGAAAGCACAGUUAAAAAAAGUGGAAGUAUUUAUUAUCUAAUCUGCCGAAAUUUCUCUAUAAAAAUAAAAAAUAUUAGAAUAAUUUUCAAAUUCUAAGCUUUGGAAUGGUGUUAGCUACUAAAAAAGUAAAGCUUGAUAACAAACAAAUAGUGUUAAAAAUACAAAAAUAGAAGAUGAAUAACAAAUCUAAAAUGAAAUUAUUAUUAUGUAGAAAUUAAAAGAGUCACUAGUGGUAUAGUUUUAUGAUAGCUAUAUAAUAGAAAAUAAAAUAGGACCUGAUAGAUACUCAGUAUUUGAAUUAGAAAAAUGUUCAUGUAAUUU